AUGCGAGGAUAUAUAAGCAGAGCAAGCUCAUUUGGUUUGAAAUCUAGAAUUAGGCCCCGCAACCAGCUUCUGCAAACUGUAACAUCCAGAUUUGUGAAUACCGAAGCUUCAACUAAGCGAAGAAACCCAUAUUUGACAAGUCGACCAAUCGACAGAGUUAAGUCCGUUAUGAGCACUGGAAACUCUAAAGAAGCGACCGUAGAGUCCAAAGAUAUCAGCAAACCUAUUGUGUGGGUUGAUUGCGAGAUGACAGGGCUGGAUCACACAAAGGACAACAUUAUAGAGAUAUGUUGCAUCAUUACCGAUGGUGAUCUGAAUAUCGUGGACGAGGAAGGUUACGAGAGUGUGGUUCACUGCGAUAAAGAGAUCUUGGAAGGCAUGGAUGAGUGGUGUGUUGACCAUCACGGAUCUAGUGGCUUGACGCAAAAAGUGUUAGAAUCCAGCAAGACUACGCAGCAAGUGGAAGACGAGCUUUUGGCAUAUGUGCAGAAGUAUAUUCCUACAGAACGCAAGGGCGUGCUAGCAGGUAACACGGUUCACAUGGAUCGUCUAUUCAUGUUGCGCGAGUUCCCCAAAGUUGUGAAGCAUCUAUUCUACCGAAUCAUUGACGUUAGCACCAUUAUGGAGGUUUCAUUUCGGCACAACUCAGAGCUGGCGUCUGUUUUCCCCCGCAAGAAAGGAGCGCACACCGCUAGAGCGGACAUUCUUGAGAGCAUAGCGCAGCUCAAGUGGUACAGAGAGCACUAUUUGAAGAGCACUGACGAGACAAAAGAAUUUGUGACUAAACGCAGGGCGGAAAUGGAGAAGGACAACGGCGAUAACGGUGGCCAGGACAACGGCGACUCGGGGGUUAGUGGUGUAUUCAAUGCCGUGAAGGAGUCUGCCCUACAAGCAGCAAGCUCGCUGAAAGCGGCCGCCAGCGAGGCUGCUUCGGCACUCAGGAACGAUGAGAAAGAGGGCUCGUCGGCCAAGAAGCAAAGAGUGGAAUAG